AUGACAGAGGGCUCUGGAACCCAUCAUAGAGGUUCCAGCACCACCAUGACAGAGGGCUCUGGAACCCAUCAUAGAGGUUCCAGCACCACCAUGACAGAGGGCUCUGGAACCCAUGAUAAGGGUUCCAGCACCACCAUGACAGAGGGCUCUGGAACCCAUGAUAGGGGUUCCAGCACCACCAUGACAGAGGGCUCUGGAACCCAUGAUAAGGGUUCCAGCACCACCAUGACAGAAGGCUCUGGAACCCAUGAUAGGGGUUCCAGCACCACCAUGACAGAGGGCUCUGGAACCCAUGAUAGGGGUUCCAGCACCACCAUGACAGAGGGCUCUGGAACCCAUGAUAGGGGUUCCAGCACCACCAUGACAGAGGGCUCUGGAACCCAUCAUAGAGGUUCCAGCACCACCAUGACAGAGGGCUCUGGAACCCAUGAUAAGGGUUCCAACACCACCAUGACAGAGGGCUCUGGAACAUAUGAUAAGGGUUCCAGCACCACCAUGCCAGAGGGCUCUGGAACAUAUGAUAAGGGUUCCAGCACCACCAUGACAGAGGGCUCUGGAACCCAUGAUAAGGGUUCCAGCACCACCAUGACAGAGGGCUCUGGAACAUAUGAUAAGGGUUCCAGCACCACCAUGACAGAGUGCUCUGGAACCCAUGAUAAGGGUUCCAGCAUCACCAUGACAGAGGGCUCUGGAACCAAUGAUAAGGGUUCCAGCACCACCAUGACAGAGGGCUCUGGAACCAAUGAUAAGGGUUCCAGCACCACCAUGACAGAGGGCUCUGGAACCAAUGAUAAGGGUUCCAGCACCACCAUGACAGAGGGCUCUGGAACCAAUGAUAAGGGUUCCAGCACCACCAUAACAAAAGGCUGUAAAAUAUCAAUAUUUUUCCUGCUAGUUAUAGUGGACUCAAUCAUACGUGCUGAAUUAAGUUUGGGAAAUCCAUCUGUUACAGCCACUGUGUAA